ACAUCAGGAUUUCACCCUGCAGCUCUUGACUGUCCCACCUUGUUGGAUUGGACACAAGAGUCUGACGCGUCUCUGCGGAUCCCCCUCAUAUGUGGAGGCGGUCGGACCCCCCGCAGAGCUGAGCAGAACCCUCCUCGUCCUCAGACCUGAGCAGAACCGAUGCAACGAUGAAGCGUUUUCUGCAGAGCCUCGUCUUCAGCGCUUUGCUGCUGUGUGACGUGACUCGGGCCACGUACCUCCUCGGAGCAGGAGACCCUCAUCUUAUAUCUGCACAAAGUUACGCUCAGACCAGACACAACGGGCGACCACCCCUCAGGACCCUGAAUCCAACACAUCACAGAAGUGAUUACACAUAUAGAGGAGGGUAUCACUACCACUUCCAGCCACCAAGGAUCCCCCCACCUGUACUGUAUCGACCUCUAUCUCCGGCAGUGACUUAUCACAGACCCAUGGUCCCCGUGCCGCCCUAUCACCACAGGUUCAAUGGGCUGGGUGCGUCACAUACGCAUCACAUUUACAAAGGUUUAUCUCCACCAGUUGUCCACCCCCACCAUAGGCUCAAAGGCCCGUUCCCUUACAAACCAAAAGGUCCAUGCCCAACGGUGCCGCUUGUUCUAGUCCCCCCUACCGUCUUUCCAGCCCCUCCAGAGCCAAUAGUGGUGUCAACCCUGCCAGCGACCUCGAUGGCAACACUGACAACCAUUGUGACCACAGUUCCACCAGCUCCUGGGAUGCUACCGGUCAGUACCCAAAGCGGCUUCAUCACCACCAUCAGUCCUGUGGAGACAGAGACAGACACUCAGUGCAGGAGCCGUACCCUGGACCUGGUCUUCAUCAUCGACAGCUCUCGCAGCGUGCGUCCCGCCGAGUUUGAUAAGGUCAAAAUAUUCCUGGCCGACAUUGUCGACACCCUCGACGUGGGCCCCGACGCCACCCGGGUGGCUGUGGUCAACUACGCCAGCACGGUGAAGAUAGAGUUCCUCCUCAAAAACCAUUUCAACAAGCUCGACUUGAAAAGAGCCAUCGCGCGGGUCGAGCCUCUGGCCACCGGCACCAUGACCGGCCUUGCCAUCAGGACGGCGAUGGACGAAGCCUUCACCGAGCAGUCCGGAGCCCGGCCCCGCUCCAGGAACAUCUCCAAGGUAGGCAUCAUCGUGACCGACGGAAGACCUCAAGAUCAGGUGGAGGAAGUGUCCGCCGAGGCCCGAGCCUCGGGCGUGGAGAUCUACGCCGUGGGUGUGGACCGUGCCGACAUGCGGUCCCUGAAGCUGAUGGCCAGCGUCCCUCUGGAGGACCACGUCUUCUACGUGGAGACGUACGGCGUCAUCGAGAAGCUCACAUCCAAGUUCAGAGAAACCCUGUGUGGUCUGGACCCCUGCGCCAUGGGACAUGACUGCGAGCACAUUUGUGUCAACAACAACGCCUCGUUUUACUGCAAGUGUCGGAGUGGUUUCAUCUUGAAUCCGGACAAGAGAACUUGUUCUCCGAGACGCGAGGAGGUUCGGGUGGAGGUGGUGGAGGAUCCCUGUAAAUGUCAGGCCCAGCUGGCUUUCCAGAAGAAGACACAAGCAGCCAUCCAGCAGCUCACAGCCAAACUAGCUGAUGUGUCUGGAAGAGUGGAGCGCCUGGAGAGCAUGUUGGACCGCGUUUAAAGCUGCACAUCGUGAAGCCGUCAUCUUCCACUGACCGCUGUGUCUCCUGCCUCCUGAACAAGUUUCAUCUGGUUCAUAAACCUGCAACGUGCAAAUAAACUCACUUUUUUUGUUUUAAUUAAACAUUAAAAGUAGCGUGUUUGUUUAAAAAGAAUCACCAACACUAAAUAUCAUUGUCUGAUGCAGCACAACUAAAAUGUAUUCAUCUUUUUUUGUACAAAUGUGUAUAAAAGGCACUAAACCUCACUUCAGAGUAUAUAUUUAGUAAAUGUUUGACAAUAUAUAUAUUUAAUUAUUAUAGUAACCUCUUAGAAUUCUUAUAGAAGUGUGUAGUAUUUAAUAAAACAAUCUUGAAUUUUAAGUUGUUUGGUAACAGAAUGUGACGAAAGAAUAAUAAAAAUAUGUCUUGGUUAAAAACAAAAAAAAA